CACGGUCAUUUCCAUCCCCAAGUCCCCACCCCAAGAUUUUCAAAAUCCUCGAGCCACAGCGGCACAGCACAGAGAAGCGACGGAGCGAAGAGGAAUCUCUGCCGAAUCCCUAAUCCUCCACUCGAUCCGAUCCCCCAAACCCACCCCGCGCGUCGCCGGCGGCGGCGGGGCACACCAUGCGGCGCGACGAUGCAGGCGGCGGCGGCGGCGGGUUCCACGAGCUGUUCGACUCCGUGCGCCGCUCCAUCUCCUUCCGCGCGGGCGCUGCUGCCGUCGACGAGCCCGCCGCCUCCCUCUCCUCCUCCUCCUCCUCCGCAGCCGCCGCGGGCGGUGCCGCCGGGGGCUUCAGGGAGCGGAUCGGCAACCGCCUCCGCAGGUCGCGAGGGAUGGGGUUGCUUGGCAUGGCGGCCAAGGGCGCCUCGCCGACGCGCCGCCUCCUGCCGCCACCGUCGCCGUCGCCGCCCCCUCCCGUUGCCGCGGCCUCGGCCUCCGAAGGAUGUGGUAGGGUAAGGGGAGAAGGAAGCGGCGGCGGAGAGGAGAACCCGCCGAUCCGGUGGCGGAAGGGCGACCUCAUCGGGAGCGGCGCGUUCGGGCAGGUGUACCUCGGCAUGGACCUCGACUCCGGCGAGCUCCUCGCUGUCAAGCAGGUUCUGAUUGGAAGCAGCAACGCGACGAGAGAGAAAGCCCAGGCACAUGUAAGGGAGCUCGAGGACGAAGUGAAGAUGCUUAAGAACCUCUCCCACCCUAAUAUUGUUAGGUAUAUUGGGACGGCGCGGGAGGAAAACACACUAAAUAUUCUGCUGGAAUUUGUUCCUGGAGGCUCGAUCCAGUCACUACUUGGGAGGCUUGGAUCAUUCCCCGAGCCUGUCAUCAGGAAAUAUACUAAACAGCUUUUGCAUGGACUGGAAUAUUUGCAUCGCAAUGGAAUCAUACACAGGGAUAUAAAGGGUGCAAAUAUACUUGUUGAUAAUAAAGGUUGCAUUAAGUUAGCAGAUUUUGGAGCAUCUAAGCAAGUAGAAAAGUUGGCAACUGCAACUGCUGCCAAGACGAUGAAAGGUACCCCAUAUUGGAUGGCACCAGAAGUCAUUGUUGGAAGCGGUCACAAUUGUUCUGCUGAUAUCUGGAGUGUUGGGUGCACAGUAAUUGAAAUGGCAACAGGCAAACCCCCAUGGAGCCAUGAAUAUCAAGAGGUUUCUCUUCUUUAUUAUGUUGGGACGACAAAAUCACAUCCACCUAUACCAGAACAUCUCUCUACAGAAGCCAAGGAUUUUCUGUUAAAAUGCUUACAAAAGGAACCAGAAAUGAGAUCUGUUGCAUCAGACUUGUUGCAGCACCCAUUUGUUACAGGAGUAUUGGAAGAUUUUUGUCAGCUUAAUCAAGCCACCAAGGAAACCUCCAAAAACGAGCUUCCUUCUUAUGUAGUGCCUACCAUUGACUCGGACUUGAGUCGCCCCGGCAAGCUACGCAAUCUGAAUUCUUACAAGUCAUCAGACACCAGGCCAUUAUGGGAUCUGCAAUGCAAUGAUGAUGACAUUUGUGAGUUUGCUGACAAAGAUGAUGUCCCAAUGGUUGGAUCUAGCUUCAAUCCUAUGUCUGAACCAUCUGAUGAAUGGGAAAGCAAACUUGACAUAAGCCCAGAGCAACAAUUUAGUGAGUCAAGGGAGUUUGGUGGACUAGCCAAACUCGCAGAAAGUCAGAUGUCUGAAAAUGACUUUACUUUCCCUUGCGAGGGAAGCUGUGAAGAGGACGAUGAAUUUACAGAAUCAAAAAUAAAGGAAUUUCUGGAGGAAAAGGCCACAGAUCUAAAGAAAUUACAGACACCUUUAUAUGAGUUCUACAACACAGUGAAUGCUGGAGUUUCUCAAGGAGUUAGUGAUGUUUGCCGAGCAAGCCAUUCCCAGUUACCCCCUCGAGCAAUAAAGAUGGUGGGAGGUGCAGCUUUAGAGCCAAUUUGUGUUAAUCUGAAAAAUGCCAGUCCCAAGAGUUGCACAAGGCGCUUCUCAAGAAGCAGCGUGGAGAGCAGUCGUGUCUUGAGAGAAAUAGCUUCACCUGAACUCAACAAACUUGAGGGCCAGGUCCAUGAUGAUACUGAAGACAGUCCAAGCCUCAGUUUUUCGGAAAUACAAAGGAAGUGGAAGGAAGAAUUAUACCAGGAACUUAAAAGAGAGCGAGAGAUAAGGUCGGGUGGCUAUGGUAAAGCACCAUCACCAUCUCCAAAUAGCCGAAGAUUGACUGGAAAACGAGAUCGCAGUCCUGUCUACUGAGUAGAGAAUAAGAAUACAAUCCAGCAGGAUUCGUAUAUUCGACUAACCGUACAAUGUCAGCGAUUGGUGGCCAUUACUAGUACAGUGCAGUGCCUAACCUUCGUAUGACCUGACAGAACCUGCUUAACAACCAAAUCUUUUUGGUCCUUAUAAGGUAAAUUAGUUUGAGCGAUCCACUUCUAAGUGGACUGUGGAAUGAAGGCUGUCAUGAUCUGCGAUGCCUGCCUUCGCAACGCUUUAUUGCCAGCAUGAAAUCAUUGAGGUGGCAGUUCUUAUGCAAUGUCAAGCUUCAUGUGCCACAAUUUGCGAUUUUGGAUGACUGAGCAUGUUGUACAAUUUUCUUCUCUCUCUGUUUUCUUUUUUUUUUUUUUCAAAUUUUUGUAAGCAGUCAUGUGAUGAGCCGUGUAAUGCCAAUGGAUGGAAAGUUUACCUGAUGACUGAGAAUCCAUUAUUCGUUGCA